UGUCAGAAAGAAGAAAAGGGGGAGCACAGAAAAACUAUAGCACAGCAGAAGCAGCGAGAAGCACAGAAGAGUCCCGAAAGAUAAAGUUUUUUUUAAUUGUGAAGAAUCAAGCGUAAUUAAUAAUACACAAGAGACAUAUAAAAAAGAGGCGACUCUGAAAUUUGCGUUGACAUUCAACUCGUCCCAAGCAAGCAUAUGUAUGCAGUUACAGCAUGGAACAGCGUAUUCUAAAGCAAGACGGCUACUUGGAUGUGGGCGACGAUAGCAGCAACGAUGCUGUUCUACCAGGCGGAGCUCCACUGUUUGAAAUACGCAACGUCGUCUAUCAUCCGCAACUCAAUGUGCUACUUGCGUUUGGCGUCAAUAAUCUAGUAAAGGUUCUAGAUGUCAAUUCCGGCGUUACCCUGCAGACAUAUCAAUUGAGUACAAAUGCUGAGAGCUUUAUACUUGGACGUUAUAUGCCUCUGCAAGAUAAAAUCUUAUUUUGGGAUGGUCACAAUCUUGGACUGCGUGGCGAUUACAAUGGCGUCUUGCUCUUAGACACAAUUCUUCAGUCUCCUAUUGGACAGAAUGAUGAUUACAUUAAGCUGGAGCUUAUUUUGUCCGAGGCAAUAAUAUUUCAAAACUGCAUCAAUGAACUUGAGAGUGAAGGUCUUGAAUGUCCGUGCGACAUAAGCAACGAGCUGACACAGAAGAUUAAUCAAGCCCAGUUGAAUGCCAAAAAGGGAAUUAAGGCACAACGUUGGAACACAAUUUGCUUGGAGGUGCCCUAUUCAAGCUUGAAAUUAGUGGCAAAUAAUGUAGUAAUAUUGCUGAAGCGCUUGGAGCGACACAUUCCCGUAUUGGCCAUUGCUUCGGCCAUCAAUGAACGGCUGACGGACAUGCUGAUGGGUUCCAGAUUGCCGGAUUUUGGCUGGAAAUUCAGCAAUUUUCAACGAGUCCUCAUGCAUUCAGAAGCGGUGAGACGGCAGACAUUUGAAAAGUGGCCACAUAUGGAUUAUAAAUGGGCCCUACCCGAUCAAAUGGCUCAGGCAGGCUUUUACCAUCAGCCAUCUUCGUCGGGGGAGGAUCGCGCCAUGUGCUUUACAUGCAAUGUAUGCCUAGUAUGCUGGGAAAAAACCGACGAACCUUGGAGUGAACAUGAACGCCAUUCGCCGCUCUGCCCAUUUGUGAAGGGAGAGUAUACUCAGAAUGUGCCACUGUCAAUCAGUUACGCCACCAAUCCCGCUUUGACCGCCCCAGGUGUUGGCUUCGAUGUUAUUUCGAACAGUGAUUACGCGAAUGUUUUGUGCACGAGCUGCACUCAAUCCGGAGAGCUGAGCGUGUGGAGCAUUGAGCGCCACCUAAAGCUAAUGCACACUGUUCAUGUGCCCACCCUGCUCAAAGAGGUCUUUGAGGAGAACUUUGAAUGGGCGCGUGUUACGGCCAUCUGCGUACUACCAAAUGCUCGCGGUCGUGCUAAAGUUAACUAUGUAUAUUCGGCUAAUUACAGUGGCAGUGGAAACAGCAGUAGUGCUGCGCAUACUGCUGGCACUCCGAGCUUUGGUAAAUUCGAUGUUGGCGUCAAUGCCCAACACAUAACAUCAACAUCUACGCUGCGAGCCGGUGUUGUUGGCUCCAAGAUUGUACUUGGUGUCAGUGUGCUGCACAGCAGUGGAGAGAUGGCACUGCGUAUGGUGGUGUUAAAUAUUGUGGAGUUGGAUAGGCACAGCGAGAACUCGGCCAUAAUUAGCAAUGACAGCGGCAGCAUAUCAAGUAUUGCAAGUCACCUGAAAAAAACUUCAUCUCAAAUGGGGACCACCUCCAGUGACUCGAAUGUUGUUGCCAGUCAAGUGAGUCUUGAAUCUUCGAAGGACGAUGAUAACAAAUCGUUGACGCCGUAUGAGAAAUUCACUGAUGGUUUUGAUAGCAAUGGCUUUGUGUCUGCAUUAAUGACAUACAACAAGAACAUUGGAGUUAAUCAGACAGGCAACAACUCAUCUAUGCUAUAUGAUUUUGACUUGUCCACAUUGUCGCAAAUACUUGAGAGCAAUCUGGACGAUACGUCUUCUGGUUUAAUGGUAUCUUCCAAUACUGUCAAUGUUAGCAACAGUUUACUGGGCAUGGGCAAUGAAAUGGAUAAACUUAUAGAUCAGUCGGAGAUAUCGCAUCAAAAUAACAAUAACAACAAUGACAACAACUCGCUGGGCGUGAGCUCCACAAGCAAUAACAACAAUAGCAUAAUAAUGAAUGGCAGUCACAACAGUGCAAGUGAAAAGUUGACUGCAAAUGAGGAAAUAGAUUGCGUGGUGGAAAGCUGGACAAGUGUCAAACGCAUGAAUGCAUUGGAUGGCGCUCACAGUGUCGAUGGCAAAUCUUUAGAGGUUGAGGAAAUUGUGGAGAUAGCUGAAAUUUUGCCCACCAGUCCAAACUGUAAUCAGCUGCUAGUUAAGUUGCUGCGCACCAAAGCUCCAGAAACUGAAGCUGCCAAAAUCAUUAUGGCCACGGUAUCCAAAGAGGAGGAAGAGAAGCAUGUGUCAAUGGACAUAGAUGAUAACAACGCUGAAUGCAAUGUGGCCGCACAAAUGCUUCUUUUUGACUAUGAUGACUUACAAAUCUCGAAUGACUAUACUUUAGCCAUGACUUUCAGUCGUGCCAAAUGUCCAAAGCAGCUAUGUAUCCUACCACCCAGCAUGUCAUCGGCAUCUUCGGAUGUAAAAGCGGCUGGAUCCAUUUGCGUAGUUUGUGCAGAUGGUUGCAUCGAAAUUUAUUCGCUUGAUGACUUCCAAGUGACUUCUGUCAUCGAAGAAGAGGGCGAACAUUUUGAGGCCGUGGUUUAUUGUCGUAACCUCGACAGACUGUGUUGCUGUUCACGUCAGGGUGGCAUGCUAUUUUAUUCGCUGAAUGACGGUGAAAAUGAUUCUGGCGAUGAGCUGUUGGAAAUGGAUGAGGACUGUAGUACAACAUUAACCCAUGCAGCGGAUCUGAGCGUAACGGAUGGUGCUCGCAAUAUGGCUGAUGCCGAUACAAUUAUGAUCGAUGGAAAUAUCUCAGUUGAUGUUUGCAAUGAGGCAGCAGCUACGACAUCAAGCCAAAGCGUUCAUGUUCAGACUUCACCAUCGACUGUCUCCUUGCUAGCCAACAACGCGAAUUUAUUGGCAUAUAAAACUACAGACUACACGCUUGAAGAUCUGCGCUUAUUGUAUGCGUUGACUCAGUUUGAUGAUAAACUGACGGUAUACUCUGCUGAAGUACCCAGUUGUUGGAAUGAUUUGGGUCAAGUUCAGAAGCAGCGCAAGCAGUCGCAAAAUAUGCGUCAUGGAGGCGACGAGCGGGACUUUACCCGCACCUGGCGACUUCAUAACGAUGCAACCACUUGGGACGAGCAUAUAAUUGAGCUUAACUUAGCACAGCCAGUUUCGUUGGGCCACAUUGAUUUGAAGUUUACUGUAUACCAGCAAUGCUCGAACCCAGCUGCCAUACAGGUCACCCUACUGAAACAGAACACAAAUGGUUUUGGUUACCGUAUGAAAGGAACUCAUGCCAGUUACAAGCCGAACGUGAUUGACGACAAUAUUGAUCUCUCUUACAUUGUCAAUGACAACCCCGUGCUUAGUGAGGAGUAUUUGUUGGCUCACAAUGCUGAAGUACUGGCUGGUCCCAUAGAGCUUUCAUCGUGCAUUGAUCUUUGCGAUCAAGGCGGUACUGCGACUCUGACUUCACCAAAACUAUUCAAGACACGAACUCGAAACUUCCUUUUACAUAUUAAAACCGUGGCAGAUCCAUCCAAGGAAGGACAAAACAAAACGAGGGCUAUUUCUUCGCGACAUCCUGUCCAAAAUUGGGUUAAUCGAGUAGAACAUAUUAAAGUAACUCUUUCCCUGGAUAUUAAGAAUCAAGAGAAAAAGAGUAAACAUAUGAAGUUACUUAAUAAAACGAAAAAUCAUUUUUUGACAAAUCUUGGAAACUCAGGAAAACUGAAUUUACAUGCCUAUAUAGGUCCAGAUCAACCCGUACGAUCAAUGCCCCUUACUACUCCAUUGUCCCUGACUGCUUCAGUUGAACAAGAAUGUGAUAAUAAAAUAGGCUGUGAUUGGCUACACGAGAUCUCAAUAAGUGUGCGAGCUGUUAAGUCCCAUAGUCGAAUUAAUAAUGCACGCAUGCAGCGUAUUGCUAUGCUGGAUAGCAAUGGACUUUUAGAACAACUUUUCCGCGUUGCAUGCGAUUUGGAAUCCAUACCGCUAAUCAAAAACUUAGCUCUCGAUGUACUUAACUGGAUUUGUUUUAUACGUUUAAAUCGUUUUCGAUCUCCAAAGUCGGAGCGCAUCAAGGAUCAGAUAAAUAAGCAAACAGCAGCUAAUAUGAACGACCUACUAGCACAGCAAUUUGAGUGUGUUUGUUUAGCAGAAAAGCACAUCGAACAACUCAUUCGUAACUGCAUUGUCUAUAGUGACCGCACCACUGCGCAUAAGUGCGUAAAAUUAUUGAUAAUGCUAACAGAAGGUGUAGGUAAUCUUCCUACUGAGUUGCAAAAGCAAGCUACAUUGGAUAGCAGCAUUAAAACGGCAAUUUCAAAUACCUUCUGUGAGUUGCCGCAGGCUCGAUGUGGAAGUGUAGUGCGUUGGUAUACGAUGCUUGCCUGUGCAACAUCUACUGCGGAGUCACACAAUAGCAUCUCCGAAUAUGCAAUCAAUUUGCUUAAAGACAUAUCUAGCGAAAUAGAUAAACGCUGGGAUCCACAUUGUGCACUUUUAAGCACACGGUUUGGACUCUAUGGCUUUCCAUUUGAGCCUGAAAUAUUUGAUUUUGAUUUUCCCAAUAUCAAUCGCAAUGGCUCGAGCUCAUCCUCCAUGGGACUUACAAAUGUGAUACGCAGCAGUGCCACUAUUCUGCCAGUAACCGGAUUGGAUAUAAAGCGACUUAGCUCUAUAGAUGGUGUUGACUUUCGGACAUUCCCUCACUUGAUUCGCGGUAAGAGUAUAAGCAACCAGUUGCGAGGUCUAUUAGAGGUUGUGCAGUUGCACUUUACCUGCGUCCAAACAUCAGAAGCCACACGCAUUGAUAAUAUUGACAGCACAGUCAAUGGAGCAGCUAAUGUCUUCAUUGAGGAUGUGAUGAUGAUGCCAAAACUAGUAACCAAAGGAAAGGACGAUGAAUUGUUGAGUGAUAUGAGCGUGGAGUGCCUGGUGGAAGAAAUCAAGGACAUGAAUGUUAAAACCGCUUUUGGGUCUUUUGGGAUGGUAAAUGGAUUUAAGGAUAAGUCUUCUGUCGCAUCACUUACUGAUCUUGAACAUGCAUUAAAAGAGGAGGUAAAAAUCGAGAAAAGCGCGAUCAUAGAUAAGCUGAAGAUAUCGAAGUUUUUGCCUCAGCUCACACUUUGGAACAGCUACAUUCAAAAAAAACUUGGCAUAAACGAAGAAAACGCAUACAACUGGGAAAUGGAAAACUGGGAAAAGGCUUUACUCAAGUCUUCUCUUGAUGUGCUGCCUGAAGAAGCCUCCCCAUCGCAGUCGUCUGAUCAAUCUCAAGCAACAUCGCAAACGGGCGGCAAUGAUAGCUCACAGAACAUUGUAGAUGAUGAGGCUGAGCGAGAGAAGAUUACCGAAAAUUUAAAUGCCAAUCCUAGUUCACCAAUUGCUUGGCAUAAACUUCUUACGCCUCCGCCGAAGCUGAUGAUUGUUGUCGAUCGCAUGCAUUCUGGUGCCCGCCGCUUUGUGGUACUUGAUUUUGGCCAGCACAUUCUUCUAACGGAUUUGGUAGUACCUGCAUGCGAUGAGCUAACAUCACUCAAUAUUGAUAUAUGGUGCUUUGAUGAGGAGAUCGAUUGUACUCGCCUAGUGCAAGUCUCUGACAUACAAACAAAGACACUAGUGUUGAGCGAUAUGCAGCCUCCACCUAUUUGCCGCUAUCUAAAGCUUACAAUUGUUGGUCGCAAUGGCAUGUCAUCGACUAAAUGUAAGGUACCACUUGGAAGUUUCUUUGGACACCCUGUUGUUCUGGAGCAUGAUGGUUACGGUGAUAACCUCGUUCGUUUCAUCAAACCGCCAGCACAGUCGCUCCAGACUCACCUGAAAUCGCUGAAUGCACUGUACGAGGAUGUUCAUUGCCGCUACAGUUUAGCCAGUAGUAAAUUAAUGGAACUUUUGUCGCCGAUGCGCAAUAACGAACUAUCGAAUAUUGCCCAUCUUCAGGCUUUUAUUAACAAGCAGCGAGAUGAGGAAGUUAGUUGUGGAAUGGACAAUAACAACAAAGUGGUUUCUUUAUAUGAUGAAUGCAUGUUGCUGCAAUACCAAAUCAACGUUAUUCGAAAUGUGGUACAUCGUCUAGAGCGCGCAUUAUCACCGAAAGCGCAUAGGAUUCCCGCACCGCCGAAUCCUUUGAUCACUGACAAGUUGUUGAAAAGUGCCUCGCGAGAUAAAUUACGCGUGCUGAGCCUCAGUUUAGUCGAAGUGCUGUUGCAUUUCUCUAUUGAAUAUGGCAUUAAAAACAUACUGCCAGUUCAUCAGCGAUUUAAUAUAGUUACUGCCAAGACUCUCUUCAAUUCCCUGGUUGUUUAUGGUGAUGCUCAGUUACAGUUAGCUACAUGCUCAUUGUUAGUUCGCAUGUGCUGCUUUCAGCCGUGGUGGGGUGACUUUUUGGCCGAUAUGUUCUGCAAUUUAUUCUCGGCACAAAAUUGUAAAGCAUUUCCCCAGGAUCGAAUUUUCUUUUUGUUCACUUAUUUGGGUCGACGUAGUAUUGCAAUGGGUGCUUGUCGUUCGAUCGUCAUAGAUGCCGUGCUUAAGACCCUUGUAAAGCUGCUAGCACCUAUUUCUCCACAUUACAAAUUUCAAUCAGAGCAACCUAGUACGUCGUCUAGCGCUGCUGAACGUAGUGCAGCAAUGGGGAGCACUUCUGAUCUUCAGCUAAUCACGUGGUUACUUCUCUUCCUAUCUGUUUGUCUGGACGAUAACAAUGCUCGAAAGGAUAAAUCGGCAGCUCGUUGGGAUUUUAUGAGUUGUGAAAGCGACUUUACUAAGGCAAGGCCGAACAAUACACCUAAUAGUAAGCAAUUACGUUGCUUUAAAAAGCGAAUAAUACAACAGAAUAAAUACUCAGUUCAGCCGUACACUGAUUGGGGCAAAAAAAUCUACAUGAUCCAAAACGAGCAUCCUGGUAUAUUCAUGGAGUUGUCUACUAAAUCGAAGGCUAGCGGUACAUCCAAAGUAGCAUCAACCGGAGGAAAAAUGAAUAUGGUAACAAGUGGCAUCUGUGCUUCCAGUAUCGGUUCAGGUGUAAGCUCCAUAAAAGGCACUAAUGCCACCACCUCAUCGCCAAAGCAUUUGGAUGGCUUGGGAACCAGUGUGGACGGAGAUAGUAGUAACUUUGAUAAAGGUGUGAAAGCACUGAGCAUGUCAAACAUCAAAGUUGUCAUCCGAGGAUUGUUCGCUUUGCUUUUGGAAAUGGAUUUUGAUUGCAACAUGGAUCAGUUUCUACUUACUUGUAAAGUGAUAGCGCGAUUGGUAGCUGCAUGCCGACCCUCGGUUCGGUUGUGCAAAAUUGUGACAACUGCUCAAUUGGAGCAACUUAUACGUUUGGCCGUGUGGAACGAUCAGCAACAGCCCUGGGCGGUGCAUGCAAUUACAUGUCUGUUACAGGACCUUUUGGACGCGGACAAGCAAUAUAGGGAUAAUGAUGUUACUCCUACCAACGAUGAAAUUCGUCCCAUCAUCACUACAACAGCGCAGGAGUCUCGCGAUCUAUUCAGUGAUUAUUCUACUGGCAAAUAUAACUACCUGCCAUCUCUCAUUGAGUGCGAGGAUACGGAGUUUGAUGAGAUGCUGAACGACAUAGAUAUGAUUGAGCGCACCAAACCUAUUACUAAAAAAGAGAGUAAUGCACUUUGCAAAAACACAUUCAACUUCUUUUGUAAGUCCAUAUCCAUUGCGAUGGAUUCGCGUUUAGAUGCUGGCUUGGAAUUACAUGUUGAAGCGCAAUUGCGUCGCUUGACCAAUCGAACAUCGUUAGAUUUGUACUCAUCGUUGCCGCAAGUAGUAACCAAUGAAUUCGUGUCCGCACCGCCAGAGGCAGUAGCCUGGCCAGAGUAUCUCACUCAGUUGUGGUCUGGCCCGGAUUAUAGUGGUGUCAAUACUUACAUUAUGCUAAAGAAUGUUUUUGAUUCUAUACUGGCCGAUCUACACUAUGAGGAUACAUGGGUUCAUUUAGAGCAAGUAUUGCAAAUGUGGCUAACGCUUAAUUGUGAGUUGGCCGAUAAGCCAUAUUCGGCGGGAAUCAAUCAGACGGAUAGCCCGAAAAUUCCAUUUGGAGCUAAUGCUGUUCAAGGUCUUUUGCUAGCUCUGGCUUGGCACAAUGAUAUAAAGCUACGUACAUGGUGCCUGGGCUUUCAGAGUUUAUUCCUCGCCUGUAAUUCACUGCCUAUUGGAGAUGAUGUUACCGAUUGCAGUCGUAUCAAUGAGGUUAUUGUAAAUGAUGAAAAUUUUGAGAAGAUGCUUCUUCGUUUCUUUUCGGGUUACGGCAUGAGUUCAUCCAUAAUAACGAAUCGUUGUGCUGGCCCUACAAUCUGCAGGCAUUUGCAUGAGCUCAUGCUGUGGCUUCAUAGCAAAAGCGAGAAUAGCGGUAGUCUUAUUCCAUGCAAGCGUCGACUAAAGGAUAUACUUCUACAUGUUGUUCUCCAGUUAGUUCAGCCAGACGGUGCCAUUAGCAACCAGCAAGGGCCAAUUGAUGCACAGAAUCAGUUGGUACGGGAUUUGCUUUUAAUGCCUAACGACAAGGGUGAUCUCAAUGUAGCCCUCAAAAUUAUCGAGAGUGUUUCUUUUAUAGUCUAUAACAAUAUUUCCAAUGGCGAGAAGCUACAAUGCCAGCGCGGUAAUGAAAACAGCAAUGCUGGAAAUAACUUUAGCAAUUUAUUUGCCAACGUAUUAGGUUCAGAGAACCCUACUAAGCAAAAUGCUACCAUAUGCGACAAUUCGUUAAUUAUAAAUUUGCUCAAAUUGUCCUCCCACAUGGUUUUAACGGAGAUGCCCCGACAGCCUAGCGAGGUAACCAUACCUGAAGAAGAGGAACUGUCUAAUCAAAGCCAAACGGAUGAAACUAAGGCUGAACAAUUAAAUACAGAUGGGCACCGUAGCAAGGUCCCUUGCAUUGCUGAUUGGGUGCUGCGUCAUUUUCCUACAAUGAAACGACUGUUUGGAGCGCUUUCUCAGUGUUCAACUAAUACUUUUACAAUGAUGUCUUCGAGCUGUUUCUUUUCCCUUAAAACAAACAUGGUGCUGGACGAACCACAGACUAUUGCGGACGCCGUCUUCAGUUUGAUGAUUACUUUAAGUGAGAGAGCUUCUAAUCCGCGACUGGUGGUUGCGCCUAUUUGCCAAUAUCUGGAAGAGAGUACUGUACAACGCAAUGCUACACUGCCACGUCUUCAGUUAUCAGAACCCUUUUUAUGGUACAUUUCGAAGGUGCUGGAAGUGACAGCGGCAGUUCAAAUAUUUACUCAAUUGGGAGGCAUUCAAAUAAUUUGUCAUAAUUUGGUUCGACUAAACAAAACGAUUAUUAACAUGCAGCCGGGAUUGAUCUCCAUGAUUAUGCAGCAUAUGACACGAAAUACGCGUCUCAAGCUUUAUAAUUAUGUGAACAAUGGUAACGCCUGUAAAAAGACAACUACAAGCACAGGAGCUGCUAGUACAACAACAGCUGCACAAACAUCAAGAAAUAGUAGCGCCCAGUAUGAUGGAAUGAUAAAUUUUGCUCCAUUCUCGCAUAUUGUAUCUGAAAAUGAUGCGGCACAAAGUGCUGAGAUGCUGAUUUCUAAUCCCAAUGCCACUCAUAGACGACCACGAUCACCAGCUUGGAGUUAUAUGUUCUAUCCCAAUGAGACACAUGUGGAUUUGACCAUCACGCUGCCAACAGCAAUUUUGUUGAAGGAGGUGCAACUGGUACCACACACCUCGAGUCUGGCUUCUUGUCCUUCGGCCGUAGCAUUGGAAUUGUCUCGAGAUUAUGGUGUUGGCUCUAUACCCGUGGGUGCACCAAUGACAACAACUGGUCUCACUUGCAUACGUCUUAAGCUAGCUAAAGCCGAAGUGGCAACGAGUAUCGUUUUGAGGCUGUACAAACCGAAGGACUGCGGCAAUGUUGGUCUUGUACAGAUUGCAGUGUUGGGCCAAACAAUUUUUGGGAAUCGUAUGCAAGGUAUUCGUGGAGGUACUUUUGGGGAAUCAUUCGCCGCCUGCUCCACACCUCUGCCUGCGGCUGCGUUAUCUGCCAUGGAUGUUGAUGCGAUGCCCGAGGAUGAUGCAUUUGCCAAAACUAGCAUUGGCUGGGUGCGAAUACUAUCUCGUUGUUUUCAUGUAGCUGCCUUGCAACCAGAUAGUAAGCUAACCGAUUUAAUAGCAUCAUACCCGGCUGCCUAUCCAGGCUUUCUAGAGGCGUGCUGCUCUUUGCUUAACAUUAUGCCUAUGAUACCUAGCCUUGCGCAACAGCAUCUUGAGACUGUUCUAAUCAAAAUGGGUACCUACAAUCACAAACUUAGUUUACAAUUACUGAGAACUUUACUGUGGCACACCACUCCACAGGUAUUUAAACUUUCCAGUGAUGCUGUGUGCGAUCUCAUUUAUCAAGUAGUUACCGGAUCUACAGAACAUAUGCUCGAUAAACUGCGUGUUCUGCUGGAUUGGAUAAUGCAGUUGCAUGACAUCUAUAGCAAACAGGCUCGCUGCAAUAAUCCACAAAGUGGGUUUGUUAAUGUGAUUGCCUCCAUUUUAUGGCAGGUUCAGCAACAUCAAAAUGUUCCGGACCUACCCAAUCUUAUUACGCCGAAAUUGUUUGAGACUUGCUAUCAAUGGAUUGCCGAAUUGGAGCACGAUGAGCCACUGAAGAGUAGUUUUGAUUCAUUACUGUGUGCUCUAUGCAACAUAAAAUCAGAGCUCUUUAACCAGUUGCUGAUUAAACUCGGUAUAAAAAUGGAGCAACAGACGCGUAGUAAAACGGAUGACAGUAAAGUACAAAGCGGUAGCGCUUGGUUCCGUCGUGAGGGCGGUGAUAAUCUAACACUUCUUCUUCAACGUCCGGCAUUCCUGAAGACGCUCGCUUUGGCUUGUCAGUCGCCAAUAGCAGUUUAUCAAAUGUUGGACUCUGGUCUGCCUAAACUUCUAGCUCAUGCUGUUUUUGAAUACUGCACUUAUAUGCUACCAACUACUGAAGGAGUUCCUGCGGAAGCUGCAACCUCAUCUAGUACGCAAGAAGCUGCCGGUGGAGAUUCUUUGUUUACCGAUUUUGAUAAGGUGGAGGCAAGUGCUGGUAGUUAUACCAAACCACUACUGAGCUGUGCAAAUGUGCCCAAAGUCCUAGACUUUUUCUCAGAAUGUUGCGCCGAAGGUCCAAUGCGUGACUGGCUGGGCACUAUGCAAGGCUCUAUGUUUUGGAAACCUCUUUUGCAGCUACUGUGCAACACGCAUAUAGCACAAUUCAGCAAAACCUUACCCAUGCAACAGACAUUCAUUCGUCUUGAAAGGGCCACAAUCAACUUUUUUACUCGUGUGAGCGCAUGCCAUCCAUCAAAUCAGGAAGUGCUCACCUCGCUGCUUAUUGGUGCCAUCAUUUGCAAGCCUUUGCGAUCUACAUCGGGCAAUCGUCCCACAAUUUCUGGUUUUACCCGGCAGCUUGUGCUGCAACUAUUGCUGGAGAACGAACACAUAAUGGUCUGUGUACGUAGUCUGCAGCCAUUGCAACGUCGAGAUACAUUGUCUGCUAUAAUGGGAGGAACUAAUGUAGCAGGUGCUAGUAAUAGUUUACCAGUCGCAUCUGCCAAUCACCAUCCGGCGAAACGCAGUUGUGCUAACCAAAUGCUGUUCAAUGUAACUACAAAUACAACAUGUCAAGAGAUAUUGCAGAACUGCGUCAGUGUAUAUAGUAACUUAGUGUAUCAACAACCAACAGAUCAGCGCACUGGCGAUGUUGCAGCCACUCUUUCAGGUGUAGAAAAGCCAAGUGAAUGCAAAACUGAUAAAUCGUGUAUUAUAAACUUUAAUAAUAUGGAGCACGGGGGUAGCAUGGAGUUUUUGACCGUUGGUGCGGCAGUAGCGGCUAAAGACAAACGAAUUAAAGAUGCCAAAAACCAAGCCGCUGUCAAUAAGGAUAAGGAGACACAAACAACAGCCAUGCAAUUAUUGCCAAAUAAUACGUUUAACAUUGAAGACUUUCUGCUGCAAGCAGCACAUGCGGGCAAUGGCAGUCAGUUGGUUAUACCAGAAUAUCCGGAUAUACUGCUGGCUGGUGAUGCCACCAUAUCACAAGUGUUAGCUACGCUUAAGGAUGCAGGACAUUCACUAUCUGCACCAUGCCUGACGUUAAAUCUAGUUCCUCAAUGCUCGCUGGGGGAUGAAGUUGCGGAGUCAAAGAAAACAAAAGCCGCUUGUACAGAGCCCUUGUCAUCACCACUUCAGCGUUUUUCAAGUAGCGGUGGUCUAUCGUUGUUAGCUCACUAUUUGCCCACGGUGUAUCCUGAGCAUAUAGGCCGAAAGACGACUGCUGUAGCUGCCGAGAAGGAGAAGAGUCCACCUCUAUCUGAUUGGGUUAAGCUUGAGCCAAAUGAUGAGAUAUAUGAAGAUCUGGAGGAUACCAUUUGUGAGCCGACGGCGAAGCAGAUUACUGUUAGUUCUGUGCCACAACACUCGUUAGCCGCUUUCGGUCUCUUCUUACGCCUUCCUACCUAUUCAGAUGUGUUACUUAGAGAUAAGCAACGUGCCCAGUGUCUUUUAAGACUUGUUCUAGGUGUUACCGGAGAUGGAGAUGGUAAUGAUAUAUACAGCCUUUCGCUGGCGCCGUCCUUACCUACAUUGCCGUUUGAGGUAUUCCGUCAAUUACUGGAUAGUAUGCCUUUAUCGACCGAUGAUGGUAUGCUGCUUCGCCGAGUUGUCAUUGACGUUGGAGCCAUGCAUCUCGUACUAAACUGUCUUGGAAUAUUUUCACAUCAGUCACAUAACAGUCAAAUAGGGACAUUGUUUAAUGAACCGUCUUCCAGUGGCAACGGCAACGGCAGCGGCAACGUUAACGGCAAUAGCAAUACAAACGCUAGUGGAAAUGGCCACAAUAGCACAAAAACCAAUUCAACAGAAGAACCUCUGCCAACUACCAUAAUUUCAGAUGACAAAAGUCACAUAUACUGGGCGAAAGGCACUGGGUUUGGCACUGGCUCGACAACUCAGUCAUGGAAUGUAGAACAGGCUCUUCUGCGUCAGAAGAGUGAGGAAGAGCAUGUGACAGUACUGCUGUUGGUAUUAUCCAGUUAUAUAAAUCCGGGAGACUGCAUACCCAUCGAAAUGCGCGGAGAGGAUAUUCUAGCCUAUCACGAUGUUCGUGAUGUGGCUGGUGAUCUUCCGACUAUUUUCCAGACGCUGUUGCAGCAGUCGUGCCUAAUACCAGCACUCAGUUCUUAUUUGCGUAACGACUCAGUUUUAGACAUUACACGACACAUUCCUCUCUAUCGUGCCAUUCUGAAGAUACUGCGUGCAUUGUCGCUCUCCAAAAGCUUGGUUUCACUCCUGCAGCCGGCGCCAAAUGCCAACGGAGAGUGUACACCACCUAUUGCGGAGCUGCUAAAAAAUAUGAAGACUUGCGUUGAUACAUAUGCCAAGCGGCUCAAAGUCAACAAGAAGUCAAACAUCAAAGGUCAAACUCAUCAGUUGACAUUUAAUAUAGAUGAUGGCGAUGAUGAAGGAUUAGCUCUACUUAUUCCGGAUAUACAUGAGACAUGUGUUCUUGUGAAGAAGACCACGGCAGCAGACGCUUUGAUAAAUAUGUUGCAUACACAAGAAGAUGGUAUAGGUGCAUUGGAGCGUCCAAUAACAAAAUCAGUUGAGCAACGUUACCUUGAGCUAAUGAAAAAGCGUCAGUUUGACACGUACGACAUGAUCGUUGAAUCGGAUAAUAACAGCUUCCGUUUUGUGGUCGCGCAUCAUUUUGAAAAAAUGGUGCGACUAGCAGGCGAUCGUUAUCACCCAUCUCGUGUCAAACGGCUGGCUCAGGAAGCAGUCACUCUAUCGACAAGUUUACCUCUGAGCUACAGUAGCUCUGUAUUUGUGCGUUGUGAUACUGAUAGAUUGGACAUAAUGAAGGUGCUCAUCACUGGACCUGCAGAUACACCAUAUGCCAAUGGCUGUUUCGAGUUUGAUGUUUUCUUUCCACCUGACUAUCCCAACUUGCCGAUGCUUAUCAAUUUAGAGACAACAGGUCGGCACUCGGUUCGUUUUAAUCCCAACCUUUAUAAUGAUGGAAAGGUAUGCCUGUCAGUACUAAACACGUGGCAUGGUAGACCUGAGGAGAAGUGGAAUGCGCAGACGUCCAGUUUUCUGCAAGUUCUUGUCUCCAUACAAUCCUUAAUAUUGGUGCCUGAACCGUACUUUAACGAGCCUGGUUUUGAGCGCAGUCGUGGAACGCCCAGCGGCACUAAUUCAUCCCGGGAAUACAACAGCAACAUCUACCAAGCGUGCGUGCGUUGGGCAAUGCUGGAGCAGAUUCGCAAUCCGAGCCCUUGCUUUACAGAUGUCAUACACAAGCACUUCUGGCUAAAGCGCGAAGAGAUUUGCACACAAAUUGAGGGGUGGAUUGAAGAGCUGAGUAAACCUCAGUACACAGAGCGUGCUAGUCGCACUAUAUCGUUUAAUUCGAUGGUCUUGCGUCGUCAUUAUCGAUAUCUUCGAGAGGAAUUGGCUAAGCUAAAACCUCCUCGCGGUCUAGAAGACUUAGAUGCCCCAUUUAACCCGGUAGCAACUUUGCCACCAAUGGAUGUGUCCACCACAGCGGCAUCUACCACAACGGCAACUUCACAGGUGGGCUCCGAUGACUCACUGGUGCCGGAGCUGAACCUUAUGGUUGAAAACGGUGACAGCGAUUUGCCUCUCUCUGCAGAUUUUUAUAAGGAAAUAGAGAAGUCUGAAGCAUUGCUGACUGGAGAAGAUGAUGUUGUGGAAAUUUUGAGUGAUACGGAGAAUGAGAGCAGUGUGUGGCAAGAUAAGGAGGAGGAUACACCAUAAUUUACUCUUUGAUGCCGCUCUGACGCACUAGACAGUUUUAUUUUUCGUUAUAAGUUUUGUUUUAUGCUCUAUUGUUUUGUUUAAUUUUUGUACAAGAGACUGCAACUGCAACAGAACUAGGUGUGCUUUACAUAAAGAAAGCGUAAUAUUUAAUGAUAAAAAAAUUGAUUAAAAAUUACCAUUUUGAAAAACGAGUUAAAUAAUAUAUAUGAAAUACAUAUUAAAGAAAAUCACAAAUCACUCCCGCAAAAAUGCGUGUUUAACAGCCAACUUCUUACAAAACUAACAACAGACUACAAAAAUUUUAUGCAUCGCAUUUUUGCUUCAUCGAGCCUUUAUACCUACCGGUAUAUUGAAUCCAUAUGUGUAUAGCAUAAUAUUUCAGAAUUUCAACAACACCACCAAUACUAAAUUAAUCUGUAUUAAAAUAUGUAUGUACGUAUGUAGAGAUUUGGUUAAAUAUUUACAAAUUUACUUUUACAAUCUUACGCAACGCAAAAUAAAUUUUGUUGUCCGAAAUUUCGUUU